AUGGCUUCCAUUUGCAGAGCCCUCUUCUUCCUCACAAUGCUCUUCUUUUCCUCACUAUCCGCUUUCGCAGAAACUGAAGAAGCUUCUUCUUCCGCCCUUUCUUUCGAUUACUACAAAGGCUUUUGCCGUCUAGCUGAAGACAUCAUGAAAGAGCAAGUCCAGCUUCUCCACAAGCGCCACAACAACACUCAAUUCUCCUGGCUCAUAAACAUCUUCCACGACUGCUUUGUCGAGUCAUGUGAUGCAUCUCUCUUGCUUGAAUCGACGAGGAGGGUGAUGUCCGAGAAGGGAGCCGACAUGAACUCUGAGAUGAGGAAGUUUAGGUACAUCGAGAACAUAUUCAGAGAAGCUCUGGAGAAAAAAUGUCCUGGCGACCCGGACCUAAGAAGGCCGGGAACGCUGGCAUAGAUUAGGGUUAUUUUAAUGUAAUGAGUCGAGCAAUAUAAUAAGUUCCGGGUUUUCUUUGUCGGUUCUUUCCUGGAUCACUAAAGAGAGUCGAACCGCAUAGGGUCCUUAGAAUCAAUAAAUAUGUAAUCAUCUUUAGAUUUUAA